AUGCCCUACAACACCACAGCCAUCCCUCCCCGCAAGGAGGUCACAGGCCAGCCGGCCCUGCCCCUCGCUCGCGUCAAGAAGAUCAUCGCUCAGGACCCAGACAUCAGCAUCUGUUCCAGCAACGCCGCGUUCAUCAUCACAGUCGCCACGGCACGUGCAAGACAGAUCCUCGCCGAUGAGAUGUUCAUCCAGCACCUCGCCAACGAAGCCCACAACCAGGCCAAGCUCGACCGGAAGCCCCGCCGCAACGUGCAGUACAAGGACCUAGCCAACGCCGUCGCGCACAAUGACAAUCUCGAGUUCCUCGAGGACGUCAUCCCCAAGACGACAACGUACAAGAAGAUCAAGGGCCAGGCCCAGGCGACCCGCGCCCGCGUCGCCGGCGAAAAGGUCGCCGCCGACGAGACGCUGCCCGCGCUGGCGGGCACCAAGAAGUCGCGCGCCGCCGGUGCCGGUACCGGCACCAAUGGUGCUGCGGACACGGGGGCGCUCCGGCCGGGUGGUGGUGCCAACGGUGUCAAUGGCACCGCGUCGCGCGGCGGCCCAGGUGCGGCCUCUGCUGCUUCCGCUGCGGCCAUGGACGACCCCAGUGCGCAGCUGCAGGCCGAGAUGCGGCAGGCGGCCGGGGCGGAUCACGAUGGCGACGUCGACAUGACGGGCUAG